AUGGUCCUUGUCGCACAGGCCGCCGUCGCGACGCGGAAUCUACCCCUUCUUCUGGAACUUGUCCAACUAGAAGCAAACUCUGAGAACAACAUUCAGGACAAUCUCCAUCAUCCUGCUGAACUCUAUGAUGCCGCGCUGCGUCUUAUUCAAAUUCAAUCCAUUCAAAUCAACGCACAUCAUCGCCGCUAUUUAUGUUAUUAUUCUGGUAUCCUAGCGUCUUCUUUAGCGUUGAGAAACGCGGAAGUGCUUUCGAUGCGUGUUUAUAGUGCAUAUGUGAAAAGGUGUAUCAAUGCGAUGGAGACGAAAGAACUAUAUUCUGCUUGCUUAUAUGUAAACGCUGGAUAUAUACACAAUAAUAAGAAGAUAUCAUGCAAAUUUCUAUUAACAGCGGUGCACAUGCCACUUCUUAAAAUAUUAUACACCAUUCACAAGGUCCCGCUAUCUAGAUUAACGAAUGAUCACGACAUUCUUUUUUAUAAUGUCGAUAAUGAAAGUAAAAGACCUGUUUCCAGAUCUUGUGGCACACAUUUAAGUACGGAAAAUAUUGAUAAGAUUCAAAAAGACACCCUUAAUCAUUUUCACACCAUCCGUCAUCCAGAUAUGCUACUCGUAGCGCUCGUCGUGGAUAUUUUACGUCGUAUAGCUCCAUAUUCAAGAAUAUUAACUACUACCACAGAUGUAAUUCUUAAUAUUUUUGUCGAAACUAAAAAAUUAUCAGCUUGGGCAAAUAUUACAGCGGUUGCGGUAGAAUUUGCGUAUGAGACAUUUUACUAUUCUUACCCCUUUGCCGCCCUUAAAGUUGUAAGAAUUGGAUUGAAGUCUGGCGCAUUAAGCCCUUCAAGAGCCAUAAAUAUGGUUACUGGACUUCAAAAAAAAAGUAUAAUGUGUUUUCAAAUUCAAAGUAGUGAUAGUAAUAUGAUGAAUUUAGGAAAGAUUAAUGUAGAAGAAAAAACAAUGGCGAAGGGGGAAAAGGAAGCUGGUAAUGCCAUAGCGAACUUCAUGGCACUUUCUCUUAUCUGCAGCGAUGGCUAUGAUGCUAUCUUGGAAAAUGUACUGAACGCUGAAAUUAUAGUUCCCUUUCAGGAUGCUCUGCUAGAAGAAGGUAUUCGACGAUUGCACUUGAAGUUAAUCAGUAAAGAAAAAAAAGAGAAAAUGAUUUUAAGAGACUAUAAAGCGCUCGUGGAGGAGGCUGUCGAUGUUAUACAUUUCCUACAGAGUAGUGUAUCGCUCCCUACCGCAGCUUUAAAUCAGCUUAUUCAACAUUUAUACGAUAUCGUACAGCACGAGGCGGAUCUUUUCUGUAUUCAGAAAAAUAUUAAAAUUCGGAGCUUUUUAUCACCAGCUCUUUCAAUUUCGAUUGAAUUGGAAACAAUAGUAAUUAUCAUCGUGAAUGUUAUUUUAAGUAUGAUAUCCAUCAUAUCAACAGCAGAAGGAGCUAAAAGAUACGUGUUACAUCAGCAGUGUUUAAAGCUUCUUCAGCUUUUUAGCUCCCCUUUUUCAGCUUCAUACAAUCAUCUUAAUGGAAAAAUGAAUACGGAAUGCCUUGAAAUGCACAGCAAAACACAUGAAAAAGUAAUAAUUAAUGUAAAUCAGAGUACGUUAAGGGUCAUUCACUUUUUUUUCCAGAAAUGCAAACAUGCUGAUGCUGAAUCUGUGCGAGAGAUAGUUCUUAACUGGCUACUAUCCCGUUCACAUCCAUUGUUUGUAUCCAUUCUUCCACAAAUUCUUCGAGAAGAUGAAGCGAAAAAUGAUUUUUCGACUAUCGUUCAACCGCUGGGUAUUAAUCCUCCAUCUGGAAUUAUUAUUACCAAAAGCGCGCAGGUUUUGUUUGAUGCGAUGCAAUGGGCAUGCUGCGAUGGUGAAAAGAGCUUGAUUCGCGAGCUCCUUGCGCAUGUGGAGCCCUUCGCGUUGGUACCUCUUAUUCAGCUCCCGCUAACCUGUCACAACGAUGAAGUUCACGAAUACAAAGACAUAAAGAAAGCGGUAGGAUGGUGUGAAGCGGAAUUACAAGGAAGAAAAAAAAACAAAAUAAAAGGGCUCCGAAAACUUCAAAAUGAUGCGAUUGCUGUAGAUAUAAAUUUACUACUGACAUUAUCAAGCGGUGAGCAUUUGGAAGUCCUUCACGAUUGGCCUUUACUACGAAACUCACUGUUACGUUUGCAUCAUUUCGUGAGCCAAAGAAAUAGUUUUUCAUCCAAUGAUUAUCAUUUCCAUUCUACGCUGUUAAAGAAUAUGGCAGCGGUUCUAGUUAAACUCCAAAAACCCUUGAUUUGUCUUAUCAUGGAGGUUUCUCCGAAGAUGGAGCUUUGUAGGGAAAUCGAGACGGCAGUUAAGGAAUACUUAGUGUGGAGUGAACGUCUUUUUCUCUCACAAUUGCUCAUUUCAUGGUUUUCAAACGCCACCUUACAGGCUAUAAAAAAAAGUGAAGGCUGUGAAACAGUUAUAGAACUCUACAACCAACUGCUAAAAAAAACUAUGGAGCUUUUAGACGCCUCCUGGGAAAUACUGCGUCUCUUUUUUAUUUGGAAGACCUCCUUUCAAUACGAUGAAACUGAGGUGUAUUCCAAGAUAAAAAGUGAUUAUAUGUUAGAUAGCAAAGUAAAUCGAGACAUCGUAGAGGUUAUCCAGGGGCUGGAAGAGCAUGCUAAUAACUUGUUAUUCAUCCAAGGGCACUUAUGGAUUAAAAAGGGGAUUGACUAUUUAAGUCCUUCAGUAGUAAAUCUCACUAAACGUAUAGAACUUUGGUGCGUACUUCGCGUAAUUUCAUCAAAUGCCUUUUCCACAUCGGACAAAUCGCAUGAAGAUAGUAAUAGUUCGUCGAAGAACGUUUCUUCUGUUAUUGUGGAAAGAUUAUGCUGUGAUGUAGUUGCGCUGAAUGUCUUAUACGAAAGUCCUCCACAAGCUGUUCUACAUCACCACUUCAAUGCCUCCCAAAAAAUUCAGGAAACGAACAGUAGAAAAGAACCCUUAGUUUCUGAAAACCUUUUAAGACGUAACAAUUCAUCUAUGCCUAACGAAAAUUCGACAAAAUAUUUAUUCGAGGAAUCUAAUGAAGAGGAUAGGCAUCUUUUCCGAUCGCUUGAUCUCAUUGCGAAGUCCAACCGCGCUGGACCUCAUUCAUACGUGUACUUAAACUCCUUCACGGUUUGUUUUAUUACUGUUGUGCACGCUAUCACCUCCUACCUUGUGGAAGAUAUGGCAUCUUCGAAAGUAAAAAAAGACUUAAAGGCUAUAAACGAUUUUCAACAGGCAAUCUGCGCUCAGCUUCGAGCGAGUGAACUCAGAACACUCCAUGAAGCGGCACUGAGACUUUGUUAUAUGGAAUUAUGUGGAUAUAAUCAUGAGGGUAUUCAUACGGAUAGCAAGAGUAAUAAUCGUGGAGCAAAUAUCUGCAUCUUUUUUCCCUGGAUUCUCGCGUGGGCGACACCCUCCACGACCUUUUAUAUUGAAUUGCUCAACGCUUUUAAUUUUUUCCAUAGUAAUAAAACGUGGGGACGGCAAAAAGAGUCAGCUCUUUACGUUCAUGCAUUUCAACGUAUAGCGGAGGUUGAUCAAUGGUAUCGUACGCAUGCGGUUCGAAAAGAUAGCUAUGAUCACAGCAUCCAAAAACAGGAUUUUUUGUCUUCAAACGGAACAUUUUUACUAAAUUACUUAAUUCAACAACCGCCAAGGAAUUUCGAGGAGCGUGCGGCGCAUGAAAAAAAUAUUGGUCGUAAUCUUGUUUCGCUGACGUGUCCAUUGUUUAACGAGGCCCUAGUAGCAGCGGCUUUUGUGUGUUUAGCGCCCUCCCUCAAAGUGGAUUCAAUGUUCUCUCUUCCUUUUUCUCGCAAUUAUUCGUCUUCUUUCGGUGGGCUAAACACCCAAUUGGUGGAUCGAACGCAUAGCCCUCUCCGUGCGAGGGCCAGAGAGGGGGAAGUGGGGAACGACAACGACGAAAAAAAGAUGUAUUCCCUUCUUUUGUCCUUUCCACUGGUGCUUCAGAAGGAAUUAUUACCGUUAUGGCGACAAGGACGUCUUACGCGUGAGCAAAUCACCGCAAUAGAUCGCUGCUUUGAGAUGUUUAUCUCGUCUGUGGUCCCCUUCGCCGCGCCGCUGACACUUCGUCGAAUGGCGGUUAUAUGGUUUUUGAUAACACGAGGAGGGUUCGUUAAUUGCGGCUCGACAAAAACGUCUGAAAAGUUUUUAAUAUCGAAUGUAGAAGGGUAUGAAUCUGGUGUUAAGGAAGAGUUUGAAGCAUGUUUGACGUGGAUGAACAAUGAAGGAGAACGAUUUUUUGUAGAAAUACUCGAAAGCAGAAUGAAGCCGCUUCUUUCAAAUGGUGGUGAGGAGGGCGCCUCCUUUUCAAGAAUUCAUCGACCGAAUGGGAUGUUUCUUCAUGUUAAAACGACGCCAUGGAUUCGACGACAGCUUUACUCAUGCAAAAGUUCCCCUUUGAAGGUGAGAAACCUCCUAAGGAGUGUUUUCACUCAAGGAUCAGCGAUCGAGAUGAUCACUCAAUGCUUUCCCGAUGUUGAGGCGCUCCGUUCUCAGAUCGGAAAAGAAACCCCAUAUCCCCUUACUUUCUCGAAAAAGCAAAGAAAAGAGGAAGAAGGAAAUUUCUCCCCCAAGGGAUCCUCUCGACAAUUGUUGCCAGCACUGGGGGAAGUCGAAUUAGAAUGCCUUCUUUCGAUUGCCGGUGAUAAACUACCGGAAGAAGUAAAUACAACACUCUUUGAAGUUAACAUGUGGAGGGAAUCCGAGAGACGAUUUCGAAGAAAUCGAGAGGAACUUCAGAUGGGGAUGCGAUGUAAAUCAAAAGGAGUGUAUGUAAAAUCCAAGGAGGUUGCUCCUCUUUCACAGAAAUCAAUACCCUAUUGGGUGAAUUGUGUAUUAAGACUUGUUCUACAACCCAACGAGCAUAACGAUAAACACAGAGAGGAAACGCUUCCGCAAGCUGAUAUAUCGAAGUAUGCGGCUAUGCAUCAUUCGAGCCUUCAUCUAAGAAAACGCGCAACGCCUGGCGAGCAGCUCCAGUUUAUUCUAUCAAACUGUCUGCUAUUAUCCACGAUUCCGGAUGAAGUGAUUGAUAAAGGUAGUCCUCCGCAUCGAGAACUUGGCAUAGAAAGCUGGAAAGAUAUCUUCCACAGGAUUCAUGCUGAAGUCAAAGACCUGCAGCGGCGCUCACACGAGGUUCAGUUCUGCGCUAUUGAACACAUACAGGGCGAUUUGAAUAUUCAGGAUCAGUUGGAAACGUUUAUUCUUCGGGAAUGCCUUGACCUCUACAGUUCUAAUGAAAAUAAAGAAAGUAUUCCAUCCCAAGGAGAAGAGGCUGAUCUGAGGAAAGAGAACAAAGAUGCACUUUGGAUGAUCAACAGCCUUAUCCUUUGCUUGGACGUUAUUCAAAAAGGCCGCUCAUUGCCUUUUGUGAUGACGAACAUCUACCCUCUAUGCAAUAUCGCACAAGUGCAUCAAAAUUUCUCACAACUCGCUACCAAUCAUAACGACACUUUCAAUAACGAAAGUUCUAUCACCCAAAUCACUAUUAAAUCCCUAACAAUGUGGUGUAACUUUGUUCAAUAUCAUGUCUAUGAACUUCUUUUCGAAACCCCUCUGGUAGAGCGGUUUUCCGAAGAAAGAAUGCGUGCAAUAAACUGUGAAUCCGCCAUAGAGGAGGCUGGAAAUCACCUGAUAUCGGCAUCUUCUGUUAAUGUAAUGCAGAGGGCAUCAAAGGAGCUCACAGAGGUAACGCGACCACUCAUGGCGUUUCUUCGGCUCCUCGUCAUGGAAGGGUGUCUUGUGGAGCUACGCCUUGAAAAACUUUUAAGACAACAAAUACCGUGGAAAAGGGCAAACACCCUAAGAAAAGAGAAGAAUAAUAAAAUUGAUUACAUGUUACGCUCACUUAAGAAGGAUAAAGCGCGAAUUCGAUCGAUCAUGCGCAAUUUAUCCUCAAUUGUGCGGGAACUGGUCUAUACUUCCCUUCUUGAUUCAACGUCAGUGGCAUCAAUCCCAAAAUUAUUUUUGGACGAUAACGUGGUUCGAAGUGGAUUGCAAACUUGUAUUCUUUUAGGGGCGUGGAAAGACCUGCGGUGGAUCUGCCAAAAACUGCUUAUUUCUCGUCGACCGCGAGAAUCCAGCGGGAGAAUUACGGACGAAGGGAAGCCUCUUUUAACCCUUCUGCUACCUGUCUCCGUGGCUGCACUUUUCGCAUCUCUCAGUCGACCAACUGGGAGCGGGAGCUUUUCUAACGAGUUCAAAUCCUUCGCGAGCUCUCUAGAUUCGCCCAAUCAGUACGUUCCACGAUCACCCACAGGUGGUUAUGCUGAAAUGGAUAAAAAAGAGACGGAUCUUGGCUUCACAAAAGAAGAAGGUUUUGAGAACUUCAUCAAAUUUCUCUCAGCAUUGGAACAGAUUCUGAAGAUCCGUAUCGCGAACGCUACCACACAGUUUGGUCAAGAAGCGUACUGUCAACCAGGUUAUGUUGAACGGCUUGCUUUUGCACACCCUCUGCAUGCGCUUUUAGCUGCCUUUGAAAAUCAUCCGCCGACAAGUCUUCAAACGCGCGAAGAAUUUGAGCGGAUGCAAAGAUUCCUCUCCUUUACGACACUUCUCAUUAACCCGACGCACGGAGCUCAACUUUGGAAUCAGGUUCAACAAAGCAACGCGGUUGAUCAGAGUAUUCAUGGUCAACAAGAAACUUACGAGGAAAUUCCUAAUGUGCACACGGCGUCAUUGAGUGAUGAAACCGUCAAAUCGGCCGUUUCCUGCUUACUUACGUCCUCACCAAGCGACUAUAAAGCCUUUAGACGCCUUGAAUCGAAGCUACUUAUGAGGCAGCUGCCCGAAAUAGGCAAACACGAAAAAAAAUCCGCGUCAGAUUCGAAUUCGAGCUCCUAUUCUGUCAAAGAAAGUAAAGGUGGUCAAUCCCUCCAAGCGUCAUGGCGAAUAUUCACUGACGCCCUGCUCUAUCAACCAAACCUCUUGUCUGGCAAAACUGUCUUGCGGGUAUUCCUCUCGUUGCGGCACCUUCCACACACAAAACACUUCAUUCCAUUAGUCCUCUCCAAGGCUGUUGUGGAUGCCUGUCCAACCUUCUCGACGGCCCUCGAGAUGAUGGCGAUGUCCCUCCACACCCUACCCCGCGGUGAGGCUGCGGCGGUACAGCACCACAUCCUCCUCUGCCUCCUGGAGAGACUACGUCGUAAUCCGACAAACGGGGGCGAUAAUAUCGAUGGCCAGGAAAUGGAUGGCUUCACCAAGGGUCUGGAAGACUACCUUUACACGCCAAAGCUCGAAUUCUGGAGUGACAAACGGGCUCAAAAUGAGAGGGAAGCGAACUUCACACUCGCUGAGCAAAAAAAAGGGAUAAUCGCAGUGGUCUGCAUCUGCCUUGACCUCCUGCAGGUUUACAAGGGAAAUCGGGCGGUUUCCCUCAAAGGGGGCGCUCCUAUCCCACAGCACGUCCUGUCACUCCUCCUCCACGCUGCGGUCUCAGACAUAGAGGUAACCUGUUACAUUUAUGGCCUUUUUUGGCAACAGCCCUACCCCCGUGUAGAGGGGGUCAAAGUCUUUCUCUCCGUCCUAAAAGCGGCUCAGAUUUCUCGGGGGGAGAGGGGGCAACAGAAGGGCCUAACUGUCCGUGCGAUGGUGGAUUUUCUGUUCCUGAGCACUGGGGUGGUGAAGGUCGUCAACACACCUCAAGGGGCGGUUUCUACCACGGAUGGUGUAAGGCAACGGCGCCCGCGGCGCUUCUCGGAUGAUAAUCACCGGGUUUUGUGGCAAGCCUUUGUCCGUGCAUGCCGCUCUGGGGCCGUUGAGGAAGCAAGUGCCUCCCAUAUAGUGAAUGCCUAUAAGAGUUGCAGUCUUAUCGAUGAGGUUGAGGAACUGCUUGUCAACGCAUCCUAUAUAAAAAAAAAAAAUGAAAUAGUAUAG